AAAAUAAACUCGACAACAAAAACAAAACAACGUUAUCUUCAUUAUUAUUUUUUUUUCUCCUUCUACUUGUUCAUCACAAAAUAUAGACGUCGUCGUUAACGUUAUCGUUGAUUUUUUGCUGUGGUCGUUGUAAACGAAAUGCAACGACGUGAACCACGACAAUCAGGUGGUGGUGGAACACAGCCUGCUGGUACAUCAGGAGGCGGUGGUGGAGGCGGCGGGGGAGGAGGCGGUGGCGGAGCUAGCGCAUCAGCUACCGCUCGAAACGCAGUCAGUUCCGGCAACAUGUAUUCCGCCCGCCAAUCUGUAAGCACCUCCACGGGGGUUCUUAUGGUCGGACCAAAUUUUCGUGUCGGUAAAAAAAUUGGCUGUGGUAAUUUUGGAGAAUUGCGUUUAGGCAAAAAUCUGUACAACAAUGAACAUGUAGCAAUAAAAAUGGAGCCUAUGAAGUCAAAGGCUCCCCAACUACACUUAGAGUAUAGGUUUUAUAAACUAUUAGGAUCACAUGAUAAUUGUCCAGAGGGUAUACCCCGUGUUUAUCAUUUGGGCACAUGUGGUGGCCGUUACAAUGCCAUGGUAUUAGAAUUAUUGGGACUGUCUUUAGAAGAUCUCUUCAAUAUUUGCAACCGUAAAUUUUCACUUAAGACUGUACUGAUGAUUGCAAAGCAACUUCUCCACCGGAUCGAAUAUGUUCAUAGUCGGCACUUAAUUUAUAGAGAUGUUAAACCAGAAAAUUUUCUAAUUGGUAGAACAUCAACGAGACGAGAAAAAAUUAUCCACAUAAUUGAUUUCGGUUUGGCCAAAGAAUAUAUUGAUUUAGAUACAAAUAGACAUAUACCAUAUCGGGAACACAAAUCAUUGACUGGUACAGCGCGAUAUAUGUCUAUAAAUACACACAUGGGCAGAGAGCAAUCUAGACGUGAUGAUUUAGAGGCAUUAGGUCACAUGUUCAUGUAUUUCUUAAGAGGUUCACUGCCAUGGCAAGGUCUUAAGGCCGAUACACUUAAGGAAAGAUAUCAAAAAAUUGGUGAUACUAAACGAGCAACACCCAUUGAGGUACUUUGCGAUGGUCAUCCUGAAGAGUUUGCCACAUAUUUACGCUAUGUGAGGCGAUUAGAUUUUUUUGAAACGCCCGAUUAUGAUUUUCUGCGAAGACUGUUCCAAGACUUAUUCGAUCGUAAAGGCUACGUGGAUGAUGGAGAAUUCGACUGGACAGGGAAGACAAUGUCAACGCCGGUUGGUUCUUUACAGACAGGUCAUGAAGUUAUCAUUUCACCAAAUAAAGAUCGUCAUAAUGUUACAGGCAAGACAAAUGCCAAAGGAGGUGUUGCUGCGUGGCCAGAUGUACCUAAACCAGGUGCUACACUGGGCAAUCUUACGCCUGCCGAUAGGCAUGGUUCUGUACAGGUUGUGAGUUCGACAAAUGGUGAAUUAAAUGCGGACGAUCCCACUGCUGGUCAUUCAAAUACUCCCAUAACACAACAGCCUGAAGUCGAGUUGGUCGAUGAAACAAAAUGUUGUUGUUUCUUUAAACGAAAGAAGAAGAAAUCAUCACGUCAAAAAUGACUAGAUGGUGUCCAAUGUAGUCCAGAACGCGAAGCAGUUACUUUGCUACGCGCCACUUCACAUUCAAAUUCAAGGGAUAGCGUUUUAAAUAAUCCUAGCCAGGAUUAUAUACAACAAGCAACGUCACAGCAUACGUUGCGUUAUCCUCCAUCCGCGUCAAUGUUGACGCCUACACCAACUACUAAUACACCGACACUUCCGUUGUAAUUUACAUUUAAAAUUUAAACAAACAAAAAAAUGCAAAAAAAAAAAUAAUAAAAUUACAAAAAAAAACAUUUAAAAAAAAAUCCAUAAAAAAUAAAAAAAAUUAUAUUAUACAUUUAUUAAUUAGCAUUAUUAUUAUGAUUUAUUAUUAAACAUAAAAAAAAAUAUUUUUUUUAUUUUUAUUUUAUUAUUUUUUUUUUAAUUUACCAAUUUAUUAUUUUGCGUUAUUAUAAAUUAUUAUAAUUCUAUUAUAAAUUAAUUAAAUGAUUGAUAAUGAUUAAUUAAUUAAUGAUGAUGAUGAUGAUCAAACAAAACAAGAUUCAUAAAAGAAUGAAGUAAUUAAAAUCACAACCUACAAUUUACUUUAACAAAAUUAAAAAAAGAAAAACAUGAGAGAGCCUUAAACAAAAACUUUAAAAUAAAAACACAAGAAAAUAAACUACAAAGAAAAUAGGCGAAAAAUAUUAAUUUGUAUACAAAAAUAAAAACAAACAAACAAAAAAAAAAAAAGAAAGAAAAUAUAUAUAAAAAGAAAAUUAUUUAAAAAAAUAGCAAACAAA